AUGGCUACACAAGUCGUACCAAUUCAUCGUACAAGUACUAAUUCAAGUAGUUCAAAUAAUAAAACUGAGAUAUGGUUUAAUGCAUUCGAUUAUGCACCUGGUCAAGAUGAAAAUAUUCGUUGGCUUAGUCGUCCAAAUCAACAAUUAGUACAUGAAAGACAUAUUGAUGAUACAGAAAAAUUUCGUAUUACAUUUGAUGUUGAAAAUUUUCAACCUGAUCAAAUUAAAAUCUGUAUUCAAAAUCAUAAAUUAACCAUAACAGGUGUUUAUGAAGAACGUACUGAAACUCGUCUUGUACAAAAAAAAUUUGAAAGAAACUUUGAUCUUCCAGCUAAUGCUGAUGUUGAUUCAGUGGCAUCAUUUAUAACUUCAGCUCAUAUGCUUGUCGUCGAAAUUCCACUUCAGACAUCAACACAAGUUGAUCGUUUAAAUAUUAAUAGCAAUCAAAAUGAUCAACGUCGUCUAUCAUUUUCAUUAAAUAAAUUUAAUACAUCAAAUAAUCAAGGUUUAUUAUCACCGUCAAAUGAUGUCUCUGGUUCUUCAACAGCAGGUGAACAAGUUCGACGAGUAUCUAUUACAAAAACUACAACAAAAACAACAAAAACAACAACAUCAAGUGGCUCAACUGAUCUUCCCCGAGAAGCAGCUGAAUUACUGAAAAGUACGGAUAUGAUAACUGGUAGCAACAUUCAAACCGGUAGUACAUAUACAUCGGAACAUCAUUUAUCGAGUACAAGCAAUCAAAAAAUUGAUAUUACUGAAGCUAAUAGAUCAUCAUCGACAACAACUACUAAACAAACAAUAUCAACAAGUUCGGAAAUUUCACCAGAACUUUUGGCUAGUGGUGGCACAAUAACAAUUCAAAAACGACAAGUUUCAGUAACAAAAGGAGUCGAUAGCAAGACUGAUCAAGCUGUUUCUAUACCAAUUACACAUAGUACUGAUACACAAUCAACAUCAACUAAAACUACAAAUACAACAAACAAUACUGAUCAAGCUAUUUCUAUACCAAUUACACAUAGUACUGAUACACAAUCAACAUUAACUAAAACUACAAAUACAACAAACAAUACUGAUCAAGCCGUUUCUGUACCAAUUACACGUAGUACUGAUACACAAUCAACAUCAACUAAAACUAUAAAUGGAACAAGCAAUACAUCACAAAAUACAUUAAAUCAACAAAAGUCGAGCACUAGUGAACGUCGUAGUUCAGAAACAAUGUCAACCACUAAUCAAAGUGGAAAGUAUACACUUGAAGAAUUUCUUCAAAAUAAAACCUGGAAUCCAUCACUUGUUGAUGGCCCUGAUGGCAAAAAAAUUCUUUACAUGCGUUUACAAAUGAAGUCAGGUACAACAUUGGAUCAAAUGAAAAUUUCACUUAAUGGAUACGAUUUACGUAUCGAAGUCAAUAAUAAGAUAUCAACUGAUGGUCACCAUUAUAUGAGUGAGUACCUUUAA